AUGAUUUUCUCUAUAGAAUCAGCUACAUUGCGCCAAUAUGCUGUGGUGAUAUUGGUGAACCUGAGCGUCUUCACAACUGGCAUGAACAUAGCAUGGCCGUCCCCGAUGCUCGUGAAGCUCAGAAAUGCCACAGAAACGCCUCUGUAUCGUCCUAUUACCGAGGAAGAGGGUUCCUGGAUUGUAUCAGUUGGCAGUAUAUGCUCUAUAUUUUCAAACAUCUUUCUAGGCAUGUUACUGGAUAGCAUAGGCAGAAAAUACUGCGUGAUAUUGACCUGCGUGCCGAAGAUGCUCAUAUGCAUCCUCUACAUCUUCGCGACAGACGUGUGGAUGCUGAUACUGGGCCGUGCUUUGAUGGGCAUAACUGAUUCACUUGUGUUCACAGUUGUACCUGUUUACGCUUCAGAAAUCGCUAGUAAAGGCAUGAGAGGUGCUCUUGGCACAUUCCUGCAGAUCUUUUCAUCCUUGGGCAUAGUGAUAUCGUUCUCGGUUGGGCCGUUCACAUCAUACAGCACUUUUAAUAUAGUGUUCGCUGCAAUUACCUUAUUCACGAGUGUUCCGCUGAUAUUCUUGCCUGAUAGUCCAUACUUUUUAUACUCGAAAGGCAAAAACGACGAAGCAAUAGAAGUGUUACAGGAUCUUCGCGGCUCGAAACAACUGGCCAUGGAAGAAAUUGCAAUGUACGCGACUUCGAUGAACAAUGAAAAAGUCGAUAAAAUUAAAUUAUUAAAGAGUCGAGUUGUACUAAAAUCAAUCGCAAUAGUGAUGAUUCUUAGCGCGGGAUCGCAACUAGUUGGUUUUAACGCUGUAUCGUUUUAUUUGCAAACGAUUUUAAUAUCGACUAAAACGAACGUGAUGCCGGAGAUUGCUUCGGUAAUAAUAGGGUUGAUACAGCUCACUGCAAGCUUCUGUACGACCUUCUUGACUGAAAGGUUUAAAAGAAAACAGAUAUUGAUUUCAACGCUCCUCGGCAUGAUGGUUGGAUUGGUUGGCUUGGGCGUAUUCUUCAAAAUAACAGAGUAUACAAAUGAGGUAUCCGGGUUCAUGAACUACCUGCCUCUAAUAUCGUUGAUUCUCGUCGUAUUCUGCUUCAGUGCAGGAAUGGGUUCUCUAACUUGGGUCCUGACUGCAGAAUUAUUCGAUGGUCCCGCGAGGGCUAUUGGGUCUUCAAGUAGCCUCAUCGUAUCAAACAUCUUUUUAUUUCUUACUACAAAAUAUUUCUCCGCUCUCACGCUUUCUAUUGGACCAGCGAUUACGUACUGGUUGUUCAGUGGUGCCUGUGUAAUUACCUGUUUGUUCAUUUACUUCUAUAUUCCUGAAACAAAGGGCAAGAGUUUUAGUGAGAUUCAGAAGGAAUUGGGUGGAGAAAUAGAAGAAAAUAAGGAUAAGGAGAAGAGUUAA